ACAGAAUUGACACAUCAGGCGAAAAUAAUAGAAAUAUACAGAAAGCGAUAACUAAAUCAAAUUUGCAAACAAGUUUUAUUAGGAGAAUUAAAAAGUAUUUUGUGGCAAUUCCUUUAAGUUUUUCACAAUUUUUCACCAAAUGGACGAGUCUGAACUGCUCUUCAAUUUGUUCUACCUCCUAUUAUGUAUGUGCAUUAUCUACCCACCCGAAGAGUUUCAGCGACUUGGCCUAACCAUCGAACAGAUAUUCAAUAAAUUGUUAGGUGAUGAGAAUAUUAAUUUUAUACGCUAUCAUCAACGACGAACAUCGCUGAAUUUAUUUGUGCACAGCUGCUUGCCUGCCUUUUAUUUUCUUAUACAUAAGUUGAAGUUUUCGGUAUUUGCGGAGCGUGAACCACCAGAGGAUGCAGAUUUAGAUCCUGACUUUCCUAUGCCUCAAGAGGCUGUAGCAUUUAAGACGCUCACCUGGAAGAUUGCACAACGUUUUAGUUUGAUAGCGGUGAUGGCAGUGCCAGCCUUAGUGUUUAAUUGGCAGCAACAAAAUUGGCGCCGGCAUCCCAUUAGCCAGACACUGUUGAAAUUCUCCAAUGUGCCCGACAGUUUUCAAUCAGUGGCAAAAGACAUAAGUACGGAAUUUCGCCGAAUCGACGUUUACAAAAAGAAACUUAAUUCUAUAUCGACUGUAAUUGCAACAGAAAACUGGAUAAUUAAAACCUCGCUAUACAAUGUGCAUUUUGCGCACCAAAGUGAUACCUCACUUAGUGUAGCCAAGACUGAGACUUACAACGUUUCUCAGGACACUAAUGAUACGCUGCAAAUGGUGAGCAUAAUGGUGAAACCGAAUCGUCAAGGAGUUGCUGACUUCCACAUACGCAUUAAUGCCUUAGAAUUUCGCAACCUAGAAGAGCGUAUUAGUCGGCCUAUUCUCAUACCAUCAAAUAUACAAUUUCAUCGUAAUGUAAUCGAUCGCUUUAUAGAUGUUUUCAAGGAGCAAGUUGCACAAAAUCCAAUUUACCAAGCAGACCGCAUAGCCGAAAAAUGCUUCGCCUGCUUGAUUGCCGAGCCAAAUAUAAAAAUACACAAGCAAUGCGAAGAUGUGGAUCGCGAUGGACGACCGAUCACAGCGGAAAACACCUGUUCAAACUGCUACUGCCGACCGAUGUGGUGUGUGGAGUGUUUGGCGCGUUGGUUUGCUGCGCGUCAGAACGAGUAUGAUCGCGAAGUGUGGCUGGAACAAAAAUGUACAUGCCCAAUGUGUCGUGCCAAAUUUUGUCUACUCGACGUUAGUUACAUCGAAAAGCGUGAUGCAGGUGAAGCGGGUGAUAGAGCGUGAUAGCUACAAUUAGAAAGAAUCUAAAUGAAUGUUUUGAACAUUUCUAUUAAAGCUAAUAAGGAAUUCUUAAGGCCGGCGGGCCAAUUAGAUGUCCUAAAUUCAGUAGUUUUCGCGAAGCGUUGUAGGAUGAGAAAAAAAACAAUUAGCCAAAUGAAGUUUUGGGGAUAGUUUAAUAUAUAUUUGAACUAAAAAAAAAAAUUUGUACAAUCUCCAACAAUAUAUUGUAAGCCGAGUUAUCAAUAGAUUCCCAGAGCGCCUUGCCACUGAAGUAUCCAACUUCUGUACAAGAUACAACUUGCAAUUUUCAUCUGAAAACAAAAAAAAAAGAUUAUUAAUUUUGAUGUAAUUAUCUUCGAUGUGAACUAAGAAAAUUGGGAGAAACACGUAAAAUUCGAAUUUUUGGGGAAGGUAGAAAAAAAGGGGGGUUUCAAGGAAAAAAAAAACUCUUCAACUGGGUAAAAAAGUCGCGUAAAAAAAGUUUUUGGAUGUUUUUUUAGUUCACAUAGAAGAGAAAACAAUACUGAAGAUAACGCAUUUUGAAUGAAAUAGAUAGCUCGUUUAGUUUUUUUGCAAUCGUGUACAUAAAUUAGGUAAAAUCGUGAAAAUGAAAAGCCGAGAAAACGCGCUUCAAAGUACAACAAUAAGCGCACGGUUGCUCGACGCCGCACUACGCUCGGCUCUGUAGCUCUGCAAAUACUUGGAAUUUAACUCUGAAAAUUUGUGUCUCAUGUUCUUGAA